GCUUGGCGCGCAGGAGGGCAAGGAUCUUCGGCAGCGAGGCCUCUACCAGGAGAAGGCCCCGAUCCCCGCCGUGAGGUCGGCGACCCCACUGGUCCCGCCCCAGGGCCCUGAGAUGUGCGACCCCGUCGAGCCCCCCAGCGUCGUGGAGGAUUGGAUCGAGCAUUUCCAGACCCAGGCCCCCCAGGACAUGCCUGUCUGGACCCUGAGCCUGGAUGUGGCCAGCGCGCCAGUGUUGGGGGACCUCAGCGUCGAAGGUGCCAUCGAGCACUGGCUGAAACUUCUGCGGGAGUUCUUGGUUGUCGGCUUGCUCGGGGGCCCCCCGUGUGAGACUUGGAGCGCGGCCAGGUUCAACAGUCUGGCCAACGGCAUGGGUCCCAGGCCGGUGAGGUCCAGGGAGCUCCCUUGGGGCAUUGAGUGCCUCAUGAGUAAGGAAAGGAGACAAGUGGACCUCGGCAGUGUGUUGCUGAGAACCAUGUGUAGAUUCUUGGUGGCGUGCGCGGGGCACGACGCCCCCGCUAUCAUGGAACACCCGGCCGAGGCCCACUGGCGACCGCAGGCUCCCUCGUCGUGGUUGCUGGACGAGGUUCGAUAUAUCCUGUCGUUGCCAGGAGCCGAGAAG